AACAUGGCGGCGGCGCUGAGGUGCGUGAAGGGAAUGGUUGGCCUGGUGACCGGUGGGGCUUCAGGCCUAGGCUGGGCCACGGCAGAGCGGCUGGUGCAACAGGGAGGCAGCGCUGUGCUUGUGGAUCUGCCCAAGUCCGAGGGGGAGAGCGUGGCCAAAUCGCUGGGAGAGAGAUGCAUCUUUGCUCCGGCUGAUGUGAAUAUUGCUGGAACAUUCAACGUAAUCCGUCUGACAGCAGGUGAAAUGGGACGGAAUGAGCCUGACUCAGAUGGGCACAGAGGGGUAAUCAUCAACACUGCCAGUGCGGCUGCCUUUGAGGGGCAGGUUGGCCAGGCUGCCUAUUCCGCUUCCAAAGGAGGCAUUGUGGGAAUGACACUGCCCAUCGCUCGGGAUCUUGCACCUUUGGGGAUCCGAGUAGUUACCAUUGCACCAGGUCUCUUUGCAACACCUCUUCUGGCAUCACUUCCUGAGAAAGUGAGGACAUUCCUGGCACGGCAGGUGCCCUUCCCAAGUCGUCUUGGUGCUCCGGAGGAGUAUGCCCACCUGGUGCAAUGCAUAGUGGAGAACCCCAUGCUCAAUGGUGAGGUGAUCCGGCUUGAUGGGGCUAUCCGAAUGCAGCCCUGAACUGUAAGCUUGGCCCUGGAAGGGGUUUGCUUCCCCAUCACAAGUCAGGGAUUGUUUCUCUGUCCACUGGACCAUAAUCAUGGUACUUUUGAAUCUGCUGAUGAUUACAGCUGCCUCUGCUAUGUUUCCUCAGCUGGAAUCUAGGUUAGCAAAAGCAAAUGAUUAACAUCUGGACUAUAAUAAAUGAAUUAAUUGUUAAA